GCAGCGACAUCAACCUCGAGCUAGUGCAUGCAAGCGAGCGACGCUACUGCUGCUCAAGAGCGAGCACAGUCGGUAUCGCCCAAGUCUGCACAAGCCAAGUUGCGCGAGCAAGCCGCCGAGGGAUUCCGCAAGGACAAGUACGAAGCACCCAGACUGUUCGACACGCUGCUAGCCGACACUUCCACCAGCGAGGAUCGCAUGCCUGCCGAUCAUGCUGCUCAGCGUCAGACAGCAUCGGCUUCCCUUGAGAGCAGUCCACAGCAGGCAGAGGUGAAAAUCGUGCUCGGACUGGAUGAUCUAGAACGGGAGCGAGUUUGGAAUGAGGCACGGAUUCAGCGGCGGCUGCAAGGCGACUAUGAGCGAUCAUCUCGUCGCUUGGCAUCACUAGUUGAUGAAUCACUCGACAAGCCACUGAGACUUCACGCUAUUCGGGUGCUCGGCGCAGACACAACUCGCUCGGGCUUCCUCUCAACGAUCCUUACUCCCUUUAUAGAACGUCUGUCGCCGUCUCCACUCCUGCCGGCAGCAGGGCAGGGCAAGACUUUUCUGCAAUCACUAGGGCUUUCUGCGCAAAAGGGCAAACAGCCAGAGCGCGUUGCUCAGCAGACAACGCUAGAAGAUCUCUUGAAAGCCUCCAAAGAGCUCUCGGCCAAUCUGCAACGCUUCGGUAUCUUCAAAGACGUCGCUCUCUCGCUCGAGGACUCGCCAAGCGUGCUUGCCCAACCGGGCGAUGUGGAUAUCGUCGUCCGCGUCAAAGAAGCUGGACGUUUCUUUGCCCAGACUGCCACCGACAUUGGAGACGGCGAAGGCAAUGCCUCCGUGACCGGGCGCAUACGAAAUGCACUCGGCGGCGCAGAAACCUUGGAGGCCAACGCAACGCUGGGAACGAAGACGCGUUCGUCCUUUCAGGUCCGCUUCGAGACGCCUAUCGCUGCAUCUCCCGAUACACGCUUAGAAGCCGUCAUCUAUGGUGCCGAACGCAAUCUGGGUUACUACGCCUCAUCGCAAGAGCAUUCACGAGGCGCCCAACUAAAGCUGCGGACUGUGUCGAGAUUGGGUCUGCACGAAUUUGGCUACGAGGCAGUAGCGCGACACCUGCACAGUCUCGACUCGAAUGCGUCCAUCUCGAUGCGCAAUGCAGCAGGUCACUCGACCAAGUCUGCGCUCACACAUGUCCUCUCGCGCGAUACGAGGGACGAUCCUUUCGUCGCCUCGCGUGGGUAUCUGCUCCGACUCAGUCAAGAGUAUGCUGGCCUAGGCGGUGAUGCAGCGCAUUUCAGGGCAGAAGGGGAAACGCAAGCCUCUCGUCUCGUUCAUCCUCGCCUGGGCAUGUCUGCUGCUCUGAGAUUGGGCGCGAUGUUCCCACUACAAGGUCGACCGUCACUCUUCAGUGAUCGCUUCCAGAUGGGCGGACCAACGAGUGUGCGAAUGUUCAAGAUGAACUCGAUGGGCCCCAAGGACAACGGUGAUUACAUCGGGGGCGAUCUGCAUUGGUCUGCAGGCUACAGUCUCAUGACGCCCAUACCGGGCAAAGAGCACUGGCCUCUCAAGUUGCACGCAUUCGUCAAUGCAGGUCAAUUGAUCGCAAUGGAUCACAAUGCAACACUACAACAAAAUGUCUGGCGAGCAGUCGCUACGCCGGCAGUCUCUACCGGCUUGGGUCUGCUCUACCGACACCAGAUCGUCAGACUCGAGCUCAACCUGGGCGUGCCACUGGCUGCCUCGAGGAGUGAUGGCCUGAGGAAAGGUCUCCAAUUCGGUUUGGGGCUUUCCUUCCUGUGAAGGGCUUCGAAAAUGCACACACACACACAAGCCCGAGCGAGACUAGAUGUCGGGUCCUAUGCGGGCGACGAGUUCGCCGGCCGCGUUGGCCGUCAAAGCCUCUCUGGCUUCCAAUAGUUGGCCGUCACCCGUUCGUACUAUCGCGAUCUCGCCCAUGCCUAUCGGAGGAACAUACUGCGCUCGUCUUCCCGUGAGCAAUCGAUGUAGCUCCUGAGUGGAUACGGUGAUCCGCCUGGAGGGUUUCGAGAUGAGUUGCAAGUCGCCUAACACGGGACGGUCAUUGCGAUAUUUGAGAUGGACCCAUAUC